AUGCAAAGUUCUCAUCAGCUCCGUAGCUUAAUUACCCUGUGUAAAUACAAUCAGUGGUUAAACCGUAAAGGAAAUAUGCCGUCAACUACAAACGGGAACAUGUUAUUCACUUCAGAAUCAUCUCCAAUUCAAAUACCAAGAACAGAUGGCGUCUUUGGUAAUAACGCCAUUAUUUCGGAAAAUAUCCUAAACAGUUAUCCAUCUUCAUCGUUCUCUCAUCAUGAUUGUAUUUCUUCCCAUGAGGAAAGUCUCAAGGAACAUUCACUCCCGAAUAGUUUUGAAAAUAAGAAAUUUAUUGGUACUUUCAUUGAAAAUACUAAUGGCGAUGAUGACAAUGUAAAGGAAACUCAUAAUGAACGUUUUGUGGAAUCCAUUGAAAACCAUGUAGAUAUUGCAAAAUUUUCUACCGAGCUCUUAUUAAAGAUGUUGACAGAAUUAUUAAAUAAAAUUGUCAAAUCAAAUGAUGCUAUUGAGAGGGCAAACGACCAUGAUACUUUACUAUUAGAUUCGACAAAUCCAUUUGCAAACUCCUUGUUGUGUUUCCAUGGUAAACAUGUCCCUGAUAUAACCAUUGAAAAAUAUUUCAAUAGAAUUCAGAAAUAUUGUCCCACAACAAAUGAUGUUUUCUUACUACUUCUGAUUGCCUUUGAUAGAAUAGCAAAAAGAUGUAACACAGAUAGUUUUGGAAAUAAAAGUCAACAAUUAUUUGUAAUGGACUCCUACAAUAUUCAUAGAUUUAUAAUAGCAGGGGUCACAGUAUGCACAAAAUUUCUAAGUGAUUUUUUUUAUAGUAAUUCACGAUAUGCAAAAGUAGGUGGAAUAUCCGUCCAUGAAAUGAACAACCUUGAAUUGCAAUUUCUAGUAUUAUGCGAUUUCAAACUAAUAGUACCGAUUUAUGAGUUUCAAAGGUACGCAGAUUUACUUAAGAAAUUUUGGGAGCAUACAAUGCACGCUUCCCCAAUAACGCACACAGAAUAG